AUGUGGGGCUUGAGGAAGAUUAAGAUGCAAGCUAAAGACAAAACAGAGACAGAGGAGUAUGUGGCUGAGGUGAUGUAUCUUGGGGUUCAACAGGAGAUGAGAUAUCCUGUGUCUGUGUUUCAGGAUCCUUUCAUAGCAUUUCAUCUUGACAAGACACUGGUAAGAAAGUACAUGAGCCCACUCCUGAUUGGGGAACUGGCACCAGAUCAACCCAGCUUUGAGCCCAGCAAGAAUAAAAAGCUGGUGGAAGAUUUCCGUGAGCUCCGUGCGACCGUGGAGAAGAUGGGACUGCUCACCCCCAACCACACCUUCUUCCUCCUGUAUCUCUGCCACAUCUUGCUGUUGGAUGUUGCAGCUUGGCUCAUCAUCUGGUAUUUUGGAGCAUCCACACUCCCUUUCCUCUUCUCUGCAGUGCUUCUAGGCACUGUCCAGGCCCAGGCUGGCUGGCUGCAGCAUGAUUUUGGACACCUCUCAGUCUUCAGCAAGUCCAGGUGGAACCACUGGGUGCACAAGUUCGUGAUCGGCCACCUGAAGGGAGCCCCAGCCAGCUGGUGGAAUCACCUCCACUUCCAGCACCACGCUAAACCCAACUGCUUCCGCAAGGACCCUGAUGUCAACAUGCAUCCCUUGUUUUUUGCUUUGGGAAAAACCCUCUCUGUAGAGCUUGGUGUGCAAAAGAAGAAAUUCAUGCCUUACAACCACCAGCACAAGUACUUCUUCAUCAUUGGUCCCCCAGCCCUGGUGCCUCUCUACUUCCAGUGGUACAUCUUCUACUUCGCGGUGCAGCGGAAGCAGUGGGUGGACUUGGCCUGGAUGCUGUCCUUCUACAUCCGAUUCUUUCUCACCUACUUGCCCUUCCUGGGGGUGAAGGGCACCCUGGGGCUCCAUCUCUUAGUCAGAUUUAUAGAGAGUAACUGGUUUGUCUGGGUUACACAAAUGAACCACAUCCCAAUGCACAUCGAUUAUGACAAGAAUGUGGACUGGUUCUCUACCCAGCUCCAGGCAACCUGUAAUGUUCAUCAGUCCUUCUUCAAUGACUGGUUUAGUGGACACCUGAACUUCCAAAUUGAGCACCACCUGUUCCCCACAAUGCCAAGACACAACUACUGGAAGGUGGCUCCUCUGGUGAAGUCCCUGUGUGCCAAACAUGGCAUUGAGUACCAGUGCAAGCCACUGCUCACAGCCUUUGCAGACAUCGUGCACUCUUUGAAAGAUUCAGGGGAGCUCUGGCUUGAUGCCUAUCUACAUAAAUAAGCAGCAGUGGAUCCUUGCAGAGGAAUUCCCCAGCCUUGUUGCCUCCUGUGGUGGUCACCAUGAAGAUCCUGCCCAGAGGAGGGGAGCUGGCUCAGCCAGAGGUGGGGAGGUGGCACUGCUCAGUUCCACUGAUGAAUGUAAUUAAUAUGAUUUUGGUUUGUUUUUUUUAUUUUUAAAGAUGUGCUCU